UUAUAUAAAUAUAAAAUUUUAUAUGGCUUAUUUUGGAAAUAAUCAAUAGCGUGGGGAGUUAUAAGAGUUAUAUAUUGAUUUGAAUGAUCUAAAUUUUGAGAAAAAGAAAGAAGUAAUAGAUAUAUAUAUGUACAAUAAAGGCUAUAAAGAAAGUUAUUGCAUAUAUGACAGUGGGUAAAGAUGUAUCACAAUUAUUUUAAUCGGUUAUCAAAUGUCUUGAAUUUUAAGAUAUUGAAAUGAAAAAGCUAGUAAUAAUAUUGGUUAUUUAAUAGAUUUACUUAUAUAUAGUGAACUAUUCUCGUUAAAAACCAGAUGAUGCUAUAAUGGUGAUUUAGAAUUUUAGAAAAGAUGUUCGUAAAUCAGAAAAUCCAUUAGUAAGAGCUUUGGCUAUUCGAACAUUUGGUUGUUUAAGAGUUCCAAAAUUGAAUGAAUAUUUAAUUGAACCUCUUAAAGAUUGUAUUUAAGAUGAUGAUCCUUAUGUACGCAAAACAGCUGUUUUAUGUGUUCCUAAAGUAAUCUACUUUAAAUUUCAUUAGGUAUUUGAAGUAUCACCUGAAUUAUGUCCAGCCAUAUUAGAAUAAUUAUAGAAAUUAUUAGAGAAAGAAUCAAAUGCAUUGGUUUUAGCUAAUUUAAUUUAAUCCAUGAGAGAAAUUGAAGUUCUCUAUGGUAAAUAAUUAAUUAUACUCAAUCCAAAAAUUAUAUAAAAAUUGUUAUUAGCUGUUGAUGAAUGCAUAGAAUGGGGAUAAAUCUUUAUUCUAGAUUAUUUAGCUACACAUGAUCCAGUUGAUUCUAAAUAAGCUGAAACUAUUAUUGAAAGAAGUUUACCUAGAUUAAGUCAUAUCAAUCCUACUGUAACAUUUUGUGCUGUUAAACUCAUUCUUAAAUAUUUAGAUUAUCUUGAUAAUGGUGAUCUAGUCAAAAAUCUAUGUAAAAAGAUUUCACCUUCAAUUAUAUCUUUAUUAUCUUGGAAUUAACCUGAAAUCUAAUAUACCAUUCUCAGAAAUAUUUCAUUAAUUCUUUAAAAAUUCCCUAUUCUAUUUGAAAAUGAAGUCAAAGUCUUUUUUUGUUCUUUCAAUGAACCUUAUUAUAUCAAAUAUGAAAAAUUAGAAAUCAUGGUUAGAAUUUGUGAUUCUAAAAAUUUUCUUUAAGUAUUAAAUGAAUUAAAGAUAUAUAUCAAUGAAGCAGAUCCUCAUUUUGUCAGAAAAACAAUUAAAUCUAUUGGUAAAAUUGCUAUAAUGUAUGAUAAAGCACUUUAAGAGUAAUAAUUAAUUAAUUCCUUAGAGCUGUUACUAUUUUAAUUGAAUUUGCUAAAAAUGUCUAAUAAGCUAAUGAACCUGUUCAAGAAUUAUUUAUUUAAAUGCAAAUUCUUUAUAGAAAAAAUAGAUAUUUGUACAAGAGUAAUGAUAGUCUCAAAAUAUUAUUUAAUAUACUUGAAUAUGCUAAUGAACCAGAAGCAAAGGUAUAUAAAUAAUAAAUUAUCUUUAGAGUGCAUGUGCUUGGAUAGUUGGAGAAUUUGCAGAAUUCAUUCCAAAAUCUGUUGAAAAAAUGUAAGAAUAUAUAGAUCACUUUUUAUUGGAAGAUCGAUUAGUAUAACUUUAACUUUUAACAUCAGGAGUUAAACUUUAUAUUAAAUAUCCCUCAUUAUGUUCUGCACUUAUUUAAUAACUAAUUAAUUCUGCCAAAGAUUCUUUUAAUCCUGAUGUUAGAGAUAGAACUUAUAUUUAUUGGAGAUUAUUGUCCACUGAUCCAGAAUUAGUUAAAAAUUUAGUUUGCUAUUAAGUUAAGGGUUCAUAAUAAUUUUAAAAAGAUAUCCGAUUAUGGGAAACUAAGGAUUUAAUUAUAGCUUUAGAAAACAUGGGAAGUAUAAGCAAUUUAUUUCACAAACUACCAAAUUAACUCUAUAAAAAUAUUAAAGUUAGAAAUAAGUAUACUUAUAUUUUAAUUAAGUCAUUAAAAAGAAGCGAAAAUAUAUAAGGUUGAUGAUAAAUUGGAAUCACCAUCAAAGGAAUAAUAGAUUAAAAAUGAUCAAUAAAAUUAACCACCAUAACAAAAUUAAGAUUUGGAUCUAUUAAAUUUUGAAGAACCUGCUUCUAAUAAUAAUUAAAGCAAUAAUAAAAAUAAAAUAGAUGUGUAUGAUUUAAUUUGA